AUGAAAUUCGAAAUAUCAAUUGCAUUAAAUUUUUUAAUUGAUUAUCUUUAUAAUAAAUUACCACGUCGUCGAGUUAAUAUGCUUGGUGAACAAAUGCAAAAAUAUUUAUAUAUUAAAUUUCAAGAUCAUUGGUAUCCAGAAAGACCAACAAAAGGUUCAGCAUAUCGAUCAAUACGUAUUAGUAAAGAAAAAAUUGAUAAAAUUCUUAUUAAUGCUGCUAUUGAUGUUAGUUUGGAUUUACAAGAAAUACUCGAUUCAUUACCAAAUGAUCUUACUAUUUGGAUUGAUCCAGGUGAAGUAUCAUAUCGUAUUGGAGAAAAAGGACCAAUUCAAAUUUUAUAUGCAGAUGAAAAAAAUUUAAUACAACAUAGUGAAUCAUCAAGUGAUACUGAUGAAAUUUCUCAUCAUAAAUCGAUUGUUUCUAUUCAAUCAAAUGAUACUCUUAUAAAUUUAUCACCAAUAAUUAUUUCUGAUUUUUCAACAUGGUCAAAUUCCAUAUCAACACCAAUUUUAUCAAUACAAACAUUUGCUCAAACAAGAUUUGGUUCAUUAAAAAUUAAACAUAAUAGACAAAAGUAUUAA